GUUCACACCCUAAUUUAUGCAGUCCUUUUUUCAAAUUCAAAUGUCCAUUUCCCUCUCCUAUUCUUUCUCUCUCAAUUAACAGUUAUUUCCAGAAGUAAAAAGAGAAUUAAACAGCAGUUAAGAACCAUGUCCACACCAUGGACAUUUAGAGACUUGGUCUCUUGUUUCUUGGGAUGCAGAUUCCCUUUAGAUGAUGAACAGCCUCAAGUACCAAUCAAGAACAUGGGCAUUGAAAUCAAGAAUGAUAUGAGAAGCAAUAAGGAUAACAAGAAAUUGUCAAGGCAAAAUAGAUGCAGAAAGGAAAGACAUGAUGAUAGAGACAAUGCUGCAGUGGAAAAUAAAAGCAAUGACACAAGCUGGCCACAUUUUCAAGAAGAGGACUAUAUAGUUUUCUGUUUUAGAGAAGAUGGUGCCUUCGAUGUCGUCAAAGAUUGCAAGUCAGAUGCAUUGGAUCGCGUUGAUUCUGCCAACAAAAGCCCGCGACUUGUCAGUAGAAUGCAGCUUAAAUAUGGUGAGGUUGCAGAAACAGUUAGAAAUAGCAGCCAUUGGAAAAGAUCAAAUGAUUCAUGCUUGAGAAGCGGAAUUGACGAAGAGGGUGAGGAAAAACAUUGCAGCAACCUGGAUACAAAGUCACGUUGUGUUACAAGGAGCCGCCAAUUCGGAGAAAUCGAAAAUGGUGGGAUAGCACUCUCUGUGGAAUCCAGUGAUUCUAAUAACUCAGAUAGCAGCAAAGGAUCUUUUUCCUUCCCUGUAUUGCACUGGGAGCUGAUGGGCAGUCCUGUACAAAUGCCAAGAUCAGAGAGUCUCUAUAUAAGGAAGCAUAAGGCCUCUUGUGCCCGUUUUCAGUGUUGUAGAUUCUAAGAAUUGUGCUUCCCUCUCAAUUUUUUACAUAAAAUUAUUUAACUUCCAUCAUUCAAUUUUCGUUCAUAAAAAAAAAAAAAAAACAAUACAUUUGGUUCAAGACUUUCUAAUCAUAAAACCUCAUUUUUAUGAAGUUUCUAUCAGUGUCUGUUCACAACGCCACUAGUACAUGUUUAACCUGCCACUAUCCCCUGGAAAGAUAACAUUCUUGCUACUCUAGGUUUAUUCAAGCUGGGCAAAACCUCAGCAUUAUUCUUCUUCUUUUGCAAUUUGUAAUCAAUCAGGAAUUACAGAUGCUGAUAGAAGAUGAAGACUACGAGAAAUAAAUUAGAGAUGGCUCCAAAUCUCAUGGCCCCUUGUACGAGCUACCAGGUUUAUUCUGAAGAUGGUUCGACUUCUCAAGGGCGACUCUUUCUACAGUGUUUCAAGCCCUUUCUCCCCAGAAUCCAAAGAGUGCACAAGUGCCAUUUCUGUUGCAUAUCGUGCUGUACUGAAGUCAUCCCCAUCCCAUCGGAAAAUCAGGCAAUUCAGUUUUCCAAUAAAACCGACAGGACAAGAAGAAAUUGCCGUCCCAAUCAAAGCAGUAUGCUUCUUGUAGCACUCCUUCCAUCAUCACUUAAAUUUUUUAAAUGAGUUUAUGUAGUAACAACAGAUGUGCAAGAGAUUCAGAGAUAAGAACUCUAAUCUUUGAGAAAAUGGCAGAAUGAGCAACUCCGCUGAUAAAGGAACGGUAUUCAGUACUUGCCAUGGCUACCAGGCUACGGAAUCUGCUUCAUUCAAAUCCAUCGAGGUUCCAGUGAAGCCACUGAGAGUUUCAUUUUACAACUUGAUUAUAAUUCUUCUACUGAUUGAUGAAACCACAGAGUACUUCUGAUGGAGAGAAAGGAAAAAGAAACACUACGACAAAGAAAAAGAGAUAGAGCAGAUAAAUAAGAGAUAUAAAU